ACGCGGCGCGCGAAUGGGACCCCCGGGAGGCAGAGAAGGCGAGCGACGCGACUCCGCUAUCUACUAAGGAACCCCCUCCAUUGUCCUCCAGCCCCGCCCUCCAUUGGCACACCCUUCACCCCAUCCCCCGCCGCUUAUUGGCCGCUGGGCACGCCCCUCCUCCAUCUCUCCGUUUCCAUUGGCCCUUCUUCCACAUUACCCUCUCGGGUCUCUUACUAGUGCAGGCCACACCCUCUCAUUUGUCACCAGACCCCGCCUUCAAUAAUCUAGGGCUCCUCCCCCAUCCUUUCGUUCAUUUAUCUGCGCCUAGUGCUGGGUGCUGGAGACCUGGGGCCAGAUGAGACCCGUUACUGCCCUCGGGGAGUUGGAAUGGUGGGGGGACACAGACCCAGGCUCCGACAGUGACAGCCUAGGGCGGUAGAGAAGCCGCCUAGGCACUGGGGAAACUAUGUGCUGGGAAGACUUCCCGAAAGAGGUGAGGCCUGAACCAAGCCCUGAAGGAUGCAUUGGGAGGGCAUUCCUGGCGGAAGGACCUGAGACAUGAAAGAAACACAGGCAUAUUCUGGUGAUUGCGAGGAGGCAGGUUGGGCUGCACUGGACCGGCUCCCAGACUGGGUGUGCACUGAGCACAGGAAUUAGAAUCCUUGCUCUCAGGAGCUCACAGGCCGAGGCAAUUCCAGUAUCCACCAAUCUGGGCUGAUAUAUGAGACUCUCCUUCCUGCUUUCCCCCAGCCCAACCUGCCUAGAGGUCAACAGUGAGGGAAAUUGGAGUGACCCAGCUGGAUGUGACCCCAGGGCACAAUGGUGCUGGACUCAGGGGCCCAGGUGUAUGAGGAGGCACCACCCAGCCCACCUGCCAGUCCCCUGUCCCUGCACACCAGGCUGAAGCCCUCAGAUGGAGAUGAGCCACCGCUGUAUCCCUGGUCUCGGCCCCUGCCCUUGCCCCUGGCUCUGUCAGUCCCUUCAGCUCUGCAGCCCCGGCCUGAGGCUAAGCCUCUCACAGAGCUGCGCCUGGGUCACCGCAGCCACAUGCGUCGCAGUGAGAGUACCUGCACCAUAAAUAGCGCUGGCCGGCGGGGAGGUACCAUCCAGGGACGAGCCCCACCUGGACAGGGACGGGACCCAGGUGGGGGCACCCUGCGGUCUGCAGCCUCUCUGCCUCACAUUGCUAAGACCCGAAGGGAUUCAGGGCGUGUUGCAAACAAGAGCCCCUGCAUGCUGGUGGCCCUACGACCAACCAACAUGGACAGUGAGCGGGAAAAGUUCUUCCAGUCCCACUACACCUACAACCCGCAGUUUGAGUACCAGGAGCCCAUGCCCACAGCGGUGCUGGAGAAGUACUGUGAGGCCUCUGGGCAGUUCAUCCACCAGGCGGUUGGCAUUAUUGAGGCUGUCCUGGAGAAGUUUGGCACCUACGAACACUUUGAGGCUGCCACCGGGGGCCAGCUGCUGACCAAGUGCCAGAUCUGGUCCAUUGUGCGCAAAUACAUGCAGAAGGAGGGCUGCGUGGGGGAGGUGGUGGUGCAGCUGAGUGAGGACCUGCUAUCCCAGGCCGUGAUGAUGGUGGAGAACAGUCGACCCACACUGGCCAUCAACCUGAUGGGAGCCCGCCAGUAUUGGUUGGAGGGCAUGCUGCGGCACGAGAUAGGUCAGGAUGUGGGCACUCACUACCUGCGAGGUGUGAACAACGCACAGCAGCCAUGGCACAGCGCCGAGGGCCGGGUGCAAUACGGGCUGCGGCCCGCUAACCCCACGGAGGAGGGCCUGGCCAGCCUGCACAGCGUGCUUUUCCGCAAGCAACCCUUUCUGUGGCGCGCAGCGCUGCUCUACUACACCAUCCACCGCGCUGCGCGCAUGUCCUUCCGCCAGCUCUUCCAGGACCUGGCGCGCUAUGUGCAGGACGUCAACGUGCGCUGGGAGUACUGCGUGCGCGCCAAGCGUGGCCAGACUGACACCUCACAGCCAGGUUGCUUCAGCAAAGACCAGGUGUACCUGGACGGCAUCGUGCGCAUUCUGCGGCACCGCCAGACCAUCGAUUUCCCGCUGCUGACCUCGCUGGGCAAGGUAUCCUAUGAGGAUGUGGACCACCUUCGGCCCCACGGGGUGCUGGACAAGACCCGGGUGCCCCACUUCAUGCAGGACCUGGUGCGCUACCGACAGCAGUUGGAGCACAUCAUGGCCACCAACCGGCUGGAUGAAGCAGAGCUGGGCCGCCUGCUGCCUGAGUGAUGCUGGUUGAGGGCCACAGGCAAAGGCCCUGGAGAGAGGGCUCCAUAUUGGCCCCCAGAACAUGAGGCUGUCUGCUCUGUGUUUCCACGGCCUGGGUGUUUCUUGGGGAACUGGGAGAGACGAGUGGCAACAUCAGAGGGUUUGUGUCCUUAGCUAGCCUCCCGGGCACUUGAGAACCAGUAGUAGCGUGUCAGGCAAACCAAGUAUGGCCUUCUGCCUUGACUUUUCUGUUGAGCAGAAGGGAGGCCUGGGGGCAGUAGGGGAGCUAAGCAUGGAUGGGGAUGGGUGGUUUGGGAACAGAAAUUUGUUCCUGCAUGAGAUGGCCUUGAGUGUCGGGGCACUCUAGUCCCUCCCUUCCCCCACCUGGCCCCUUGGUGCUCCUUCAGCUUUCACGCUGUCUACCUCUCACUGGGUCCUGGUCGGGGUCGGAACCCCUUCUCCUGGGGUGAUUGCCUGAGCCUGGGGUCCUGGCUUUCACACAGGUUCAGGGGGUGGGGGUCCUGGUAGUAGAGACCCAGCUGAGCUGGGAUGUGCUUUCCAGUGUUUUGGCUGUCCCACUGGUUGUGUAUAUUCUGUAUUUAUGUGCUCUACUUCCUGGAGAUGGGCGGCAGCAGCUUCCCCUGGAAGGCCUUGCUCGUUCCUAGCCCCACUCCCAUCACACACACAUACACAUACUGUGCUUCAGGCCUGUGAGUCAAGCCCAAGAGCUCACCUGGCCCUGCCUCCACCCCUUCCAUGGCCUCUGCUGUUCCUGCCUUUGCUCUCACCCUCACAGCUGAUCUCUAGCAGAGGCUGGCAUAUCCUGGCAGCAGUCACAAUCAUUGAACCUGAGGGGCAGGCCCCUAGGGUUUGUUGUCCCAAGUUGGGAGCCCCUCCUGGAACAGGGGAGAAACAGGUAGUUUCACUUCAGACUUGCCGUGUGAGGUUGGCACAGUUUCACCCUUUCCCUGGGUUUCAGUUUUCCCAUCUGUAAAACUCAGAAACACUGCUGGAAAGUCCUUAUUCAUUUAGUCAAUGAGUAUGUAUAGAGCACCUUCUGUGUGCCAAUUACUGGUCAGAACUCUCACUGAACUCCCAGUGCAGGGGAAAGCCAGACAAUUAAAACAGCAUUUACAGUGAA